UAGAGCACAUCUUUGCAUAUAGAUCUUUUCCUCAGGGUGAAUACGUACAUGUGGAAUUGCUGUCUGCAAUAGUCUAGACACCUAUGUGGUUUGUGAUAUGUAUUUGGCUUCUAAAGCUGUUGUAUCCAUUUGUAGUUGUUGUUGUUGAGUACAUGAACCACACUGGAUGUCAGCAAAACAAAAAUUGUCCUAGAUGAAAAUGAUUCCUGUCUUCUUGAAUUCUCUCCUUCACUCAGCAAAUCUUUGAGUUCCUCCUAUAUGCCAGGCUCUCUUGAGAGGCUAGGGAUCCACUAGUGAAUAGAACCAGAGUUCCUGACCUUAGAGAGCUUCCAUUAUUAGUGGGUGAGAUGGAUAAGAAGCAGAUAAACACGUGGACGUGUCAAGUGGUUGAAAUGCCAUGGAGAAAACUGAAACAGGUAAAGGGCACAGGUGUCUGGGACUGGGUAGAGCUAGGCUGCAACUGAGGCAGUCAGGGAAGGAAGGCCUCACUCAGUGCUGCGUGAGUGGGUGAGUGGAGACUGUAGGAGCAGAGGGCGGGCUGAGGGGCAUCUGAGGGGAGAGCAGUUCAGGCUGAGACUUAAGAUGGACAGAGUGUGUUUGUCACUGUUGAGGAAGAGCAAAGAACCCAUGUGGCUGGAGGCACAGAGGGCAGAGAGGUAGAAGGGCUGGAGGACCCCAUCGUGGGCCUGUCCUCUGAGUGAGAGUUGAGUGACCUGGGUUCUGGUGUGGCUGCUGUGGAGACAGACUGUAGGGGAUCUGGAGUGGAGUCAGGGGAGCUGUUGGGAGGCUCUGACAAUAUCCCAGCAAAAGAAGGUGCUGGUGGCCUGGAUCAGGGUGGGUGCAGUGGAGGUGAGGGGAAGGGACUCGAUUCUGGGUGUGUUUUGAGGGAAGAGUGGACAGGAUGCACUCAUGGAUUGGAUGGGGGAAGGAGAGAGAAAUGGAAAAUGACUUGUGAUUUUUGACGUGAGCAGAUGGAGGGGUAGAAUAGUUCUUUAGUGAGAGCUGUGGAGGAAAUAGGGAACAUCAAGACUCUGGUACCUUAAUAUGGUUUGUAAUUUGCUUUUCUUUAAAUGUGAGUCCACUUCAGCAUUUUUCACAUGUUUAGACUCUGUUUAAAUUGGUUCAGAGUACUUAAAUUGAACAUUUAGAUUGAAUGGCAUGGAACAAGGAAUCCAUGGUCCUCCAGAAACAAGGCUCUCAGUCCCGGUCAGACCACAAGGAUGCCCGGCCCUUAGAGCAGGAGCUGUAGGCAGUCAGAGCGCCGGGAGUAGAGGAGAUGCUGCUACAGAUUUCUUUUCAGGAACCCAUGAUGUCCUAGAAGAGCCCUGGGUUUGUGGUCAAAGUGCCCGUUCAUUUGGACUGCCCAAGGCCUGGCGUUUGGCCUUAGGGAGGAGGGUGGUUGACAUGGGGGCCUCUGUGGAGAGCUGGCUUUGAGUGAACAGCACAGACAGAGGAUGGAGGGCAGCGAAUGUGCCUGAUGUUUCGUGUGUUCUGCGUUCAUGUGCCAGUUGUGAUUUCAGAUGUGCUGUCCUUUUGUCCCCAUAAGUCAGAAAGGGGGAACAAAACCUUCAGAAGUACUUAGUGAGAGGCAUGGAAAGAGUGUAGUGUCUGUAAAGCUAAAGUUACCAGGUGAUGUCAGAUGGGCUGGGGGAGUGCACAGGUGUGCAUCCUGGUGAUUCUGGGGUUUCCUGUGAACUUCUAGGUGAUUUGAGUUCCAUGCGGGAUGACAUCUGGUGACAGACUCCCCUUGGUCUCUAGCAUUCCCAAGGUGUCCUUUCUUCCUUGGCUGCUGGACUUGGGGACAGAGGCACAUGUGGUGGAAAAGCUGGCCAGAUGGAAAUCAUGGGCCCUUUGGAGUAGAAGUGGUCCACGCGGUCUUCCUCUUUCUGCAAGGCUCAGAGGGGACUCUGGAAAUGAGAGGGCCUGUGGCUGCAGGGUGAGCUGUGGUUGGCAGCUGGCCUUUCCCGUCAGGCGUGAAGGGCUCUCUCUCAAACACCAGCACCCAGCCCGGAGCCGGGCACUCAGGGUGCUGAAUGGACCUGGGCUGAGUGGACAGGAAAUAAGUGGUUUGGUCCUGAGUUCCUGUGUUGAAGUAGCAGCAGUGGGUGAUGGGGCACCCUGAGAGCGGGCCUGGCUUGUUCCGCCUUACCUCAGAGCAGGAGAAGCUCUGCGUGGGGAAUGCGAUCUUGGGUUUUUCUCCCCAGAAAUAGAAUUUAGAGGUUUUUCUGUUCUUCAAAGCAAAGUCUUCCAGUUCUUUUAUUGUGAACACUUUUGAACAGAGUAAGAAGUUGAGAGAAUAGAGUUACCCACGUGCACACCCCUUGAUUGGACAGAUCGAGCAUAAUAACAAUGCAGAUUUGUUGUUUUGGCCUGGCCAUGGGGGCUUGUGGCGAGGUCUGAGGUGUUUGGGGAGCGAGCGUGUAGACAGGCCUCAGUUAGAAGCUGGCUUGCAUCUCACUCCCUGUGACAGCACUGUUUCCUUAUUUCUAACCUCAGUUGAGAAUUUUAAAAAGUGUGUGGUGCACCAUUCCGGGUCACGAACAGGAAUAAAGAGAUCAGCCUGUCCAUUCUCCACAUUGCCCCGCGUCCGUUCCUGCCCGCCUGCCGGAGCCCCGUGGGCCUGCCCUCAGCGUGCUCUUCUGUGCUCUGCUGUCCAUGACCCUGAACAGUAUUGAACAUGUUCUGCACGUUUGUAAACUUCAUGUAGUUACAGCUUUCUUAUGCGUGAACAGGCUGCUAUUAACUCCCUCCUCAAGUUGUUAAAUGAGAGUGAUGUGUGUGAAUACCUGGUCUCGUGCUGGCAGGGAGUAGAGAUUUGGGACGCAGUCUUUUACUUCUUACCUCCUAGGUGUUGAGAAAACAAUGGUGGAUGUUAAAAUGGGCAAAUAGGCAAGGUGGCAGGGAGGUGGAUCUCCCGCCUGGUCAGGGGCGGUUUCCUUCCAGCCCAGCUCUGUCCUCAGAGAAUCUUGGGCUCUUUGUAGGGCUCAGGGCCCCUCCUUCCCAGUGCCCUUAAGGAACUCUGGCAGCCUCUCCCUCAGGAAGCUCAGGCUGUGCUUGUCCCCUGCCUCCCCCAGCCCAGGGCCAGCUCUGUGCCUGUGCCACUCGGCACUGCCUCCCGUGACUUGGAGCAGCCAGCAUGUGGAAGAGCAGAGGGCUCUGCCUGAAGAUGGGAACAAGGAAGGCUGAGCUGUGGGGCUGGAAGGGGUCCAGGGUGGCCGACUCAGGCCUACAGGGCCCUGUGGGAAGCUUUCUGCUGGGCUUGCUGCACCUCAGAGCACUUUGUUUCCUUUAUCAGGCUGCGGGCCAGCCCUCCUUGGUGCCUGGGCAGGGCCCUCAAAGAGCUGCUGGAGGACUCUGCAUGGGCCAGGGGGCAUCAGAGAAGUUGUGCGGGCUAGUGGGACUGAAAAACAUUUGCAAAUGCAAGAGGAGAAUUUAAUUUAGCAGGGCUGGGACAAGCUUGUGGAUGAGGAAUGGCCUGAGGGCACUUCAUGCCUGUCUGGGCUCCCUGGCAGGCCUCUGUGAGGCUCCUAACCUGUCCGUGGGACACCAGCCAUCACCGGUCUUCCUCAAGGGACCUCUACCAGCCCCCAGGGAAUGAGAAUUAGCAGAGAGCACCUGCCACCCCUGUCCUGCCACUACCCUCCGUCCCCUGGCACAGGAGUGCAUCAGGUUACUCAGGAGGGAGCUACAGUGGGUUGACUGAGCGGGGAGGCCUGUCCGCAGGUGCUGUGGCCAAGUGGCCUAGAGCCUGCAGAGCCUCCAAGUGGCACUAGGUGGCACUCCCACCCAGGGGAGUCCAAACAAGGUCCAAAUUGGACUGGAAGUUAAGGACCCAGAGUGGCCGGAAGGGAUUUCAUUCCGUGUGGGAAAGUAAACUUACCAAAGGGUUUUUUGUUUUUCCCAGAAGUCAUUUCUUAACUAUUGUCUGGAAUCAGAAGGCAUUUCCCUACUGAAACAUACAUGGCUGAGGUCAGGUUAGAAGGCAGGGAGGGCUAAUUUCAGGGCAGACCCAUGGUCGGGUUUAUGCGUUUUCUAAAUGCCAAUCUGCCUGAGAGGCUUAGAAUAGUUGUAAAGGAACCCUGGUAGACGCGGAGCAGCCCUGUUGCUCAUUUUACAGGGAGAGUGUUGAUGCUCCAGAGGCUGCUCAGCAAAUGAGAACCUGGGCUUUUGAUCCACACCCUCACCCCCAACCCCGGUCUACCUUGGGAUAGGUUUAUUCUAUACUCAGGGGACCCUUGGGGCCUCAUCUGGAAGUACUGGAGGCUUUGGGGAAGUCAGGAUGGUCUUCUGGGAUUUAGUGUUGCUAGGAUUCUCUGUCAGCAUCUUUAACUCCUUUUUAUCCCAUCUCACUUGGCGAUUGCUUGGAGGUUAGAAGAGGACUGCUGUCCCACGGGGGCUGAGAAUGCUGUGGGCCCAGGCUAGGCGACAGACAGUGAGGCGCAGGCUGCAUGUCAGGGCUUCACCAGCCCCGUGGAAGAACCUGAGCCCCUUAGGGCUGGAACUCUGCUAGCUCACCCCUGCCUCCCUGUUCCUACUGGUGCAUUGUAGGUGUCGAAUAUCAUGGAAGUUCAAGAGGUAGGACCCCACCCAUCUUCUCCCUGCUGUGGCAUCCUAGGGCUGUAUCUUGUCACGGAACACUUACUUGGGCUGGAUCCAGAUGAGGACGACAGGUGCUUUGGGCUGUGUCUGCACGCCACUGUGUCCUGUUUCAGGCUUCCUUGGCCCAGCGCCUGUCUCUUCACAAGGCCCACAGGCUCUCUUCCUGUUCUGAACACUGCUUUAGAAACUAAGUUCUCAGUGGGCAGAAGUAGCUGGGGUUGUAUCCUUGUUCAGUAGCCCAGAGUGAGGUGACUGAGCCUACUGAGGCAAACUCACCAUUGGGUGUGUGCUGCGUUGGGGCGUGACCUACGCAGAUGCUGGUCAGGUUCCUGAAUUCCACAUCCUUUCUUUGGUUGAAUAGUGUUCCCCAUCAGACCAUUCCCAUGGUCUAAAAAAUGUUAAGCUGGUUCCUUGCAUCCCAUGUUGACCGAGUGCUUGGUGGGGCAUGGGGGUAGGGUGCUGACCCCACAGGCUGGGCUCUGCUGUCUAGUGGGGUAGAAAGAUAUGCCACAAGUCACCCCACAGGCUCUUCAUCCCAGCUGAGGAAGCCUGCUUGCUCCUCCCGGGGUGGCCCUUGCCCACUGGGUCCUGUUUGCUAGUCUCCAUCAGGGGAUUUUGUAUGUCAGGGUGUGUCUGCCUGGAGGAGACAAGGUAGGUGGGAAUGGGGGCAGCCUGUGUCUUCAGGAUGGGGUGUGAGAAGGAGCAAGGACUUAGAUGCCUUCUGUCAUUUCGAGGGCUAGAAAAGGUGGCUGGAGGUGGCUUUCUGCUGGGUCCACAGAAGCUGGCCCUCCGUGAGGUCAGCAGCACCUGGAGGCCCCGGGCCUGCCCAGAGGCCCGGAUGGGAUGGGAACAAGGGCAUGUUUGUCAGGGGGAGUGGUGAGGGAGGCAACAGCCCAGGGAGCCCGGCCAUCACUGCGGACUGAGGUCCCCAGCCCCAGGAGGCGUCACCGGGAAGUCCCGUGACCAGAGGGCUGGUACCCUCUUCCCGCAGCUCUCCCCCGGCUUCUCUGAGCCUGGCCCCUCCUCUUAAAGGGGCCCUGUGUACGGCGGCUGGGCCUGGCUGCCGCCCUGGGAGGGCAGAGUGCGGCUUCCAGCGGCUGGUGUCUCCUCCUGCCCCCGCCCCUGGGCGGUCUGAGUGGCUGGAGCCCGAGCCCCGCCCUCCUGCCCGCCCACCCGGAGGCUUCCGCCGAACGAGAGAGCAAGCGAGCGGGGGCCUCCCCAGGAGUCGAGUCGGCUACCCGGCUGCCGGCCGGGCGGAAGCAGAGCGGACCUGACCACCUGCUAGUGGCCCUGGCCUGUAACCUACGCCCUGUGAGCCGCCGGACCGAACCAAGCCGGGGAAGCGGCCCGCCAGCCACCAGGCGGCCUGGCGGAGGCAGAGCCCGUGGAGCAGUGACAGCGCAGGAGCGCCUCUGGCUGGGGGGAAGGGAGGAAGGAGGAGGAACAAAGGCGAGUGUGCCUGGCGCCGCCCUCCCUGCGCCGCCUACCAUGUGUCAGUCAGAGGCGCGGCGAGGACCUGAGCUCCGCGCAGCGAAAUGGUUGCACUUCCCCCAGCUGGCACUGAGGCGGAGGCUGGGACAGUUGAGCUGCAUGUCCAGACCCACACUGAAACUGCGCUCCUGGCCCCUGACGGUCCUCUACUACCUCCUGCCCUUUGGUGCCCUCAGACCGCUCAGCCGGGUGGGAUGGAGGCCCGUGAGCAGGGUGGCCCUGUACAAGUCAGUGCCGACGCGCUUGCUGUCGCGGGCCUGGGGCCGCCUCAACCAAGUGGAGCUGCCGCACUGGCUGCGCAGGCCCGUCUACAGCCUGUACAUCUGGACCUUCGGGGUGAACAUGAAGGAGGCCGCCGUGGAGGACCUGCACCACUAUCGCAACCUCAGCGAGUUCUUCCGGCGCAAGCUGAAGCCGCAGGCCCGGCCUGUGUGUGGCCUGCACAGCGUGAUCAGCCCGUCGGACGGGAAGAUCCUCAACUUUGGGCAGGUCAAGAACUGUGAAGUGGAGCAGGUCAAGGGGGUCACCUACUCACUGGAGUCAUUCCUGGGCCCGCGCACCUCCACGGAGGACCUGCCUUUCCCACCAGCCACCUCCUGUAGCUCCUUCAGGAGCCAGCUGGUCACCCGGGAAGGGAACGAGCUGUACCACUGCGUCAUCUACCUGGCUCCCGGGGAUUACCACUGCUUCCACUCUCCUACUGACUGGACCGUUUCCCACCGGCGCCACUUCCCAGGCUCUCUGAUGUCCGUGAACCCUGGCAUGGCCCGCUGGAUCAAAGAGCUCUUCUGCCACAAUGAGCGAGUGGUCCUCACUGGGGACUGGAAACAUGGCUUCUUCUCGCUGACGGCCGUGGGGGCCACCAAUGUGGGCUCCAUCCGCAUCUACUUCGACAGGGACCUGCACACAAACAGCCCGAGGUACAGCAAGGGCUCCUACAACGACUUCAGCUUCGUGACACACGCCAACAAGGAGGGCAUCCCCAUGCGCAAGGGCGAGCACCUGGGCGAGUUCAACCUGGGCUCCACCAUCGUGCUCAUCUUUGAGGCCCCCAAGGACUUCAACUUCAAGCUGAAGGCGGGACAGAAAAUCCGAUUUGGGGAGGCUCUGGGCUCCCUCUAGAGCCUCCUUCCUGGCUGUGGCUGCUGAGGAAUCUUUUCCAAACAGAAAUGUGAGGGUCUUUUUGAGGGAAAUCUCUGCGGCUGUCCUGGGGAGGGGACUACCUUGGGGCCAUGGGGUCUGACAGUGGGUGACUUCUGUCUCUGCUGUCGCAAGUGCAGACGACAAAGUCAGAGCCCGUCCUGCCCUAGACCAACGACGUCCCUUCCCACCUUAGAGAGAAAGAAAGUGCAGGCUGGGAUGAUCUCAGAUUCCCUUUUGGAGAUUUUUUAACGUACUGUAUAAACAUCUCCUGGCUGAGUGUUCAGUUGGUCUUGAUUUCCAUUUUAAGAUGAUAAGUGAUAAAUGUACCUUUUUGCUGCUC